AUGGGUGCCGGAGGUUCCUCUCCUGUGAAGGCCAUGGCAGAGAUGUCCGUCGAGGAGCGACAGUGGGAGAAAGCUACGGUGGACGAGGCGACGCGCAUGCGCUUGAACGGUGAGUCGGCACGAUGCAUGGCGCACAUCCGCGCCAUCAAGAAGGCAGGAGGUGUGUCACUCAAGGAAUCCGACGGCUCGGACACAAGCAAGGAUCAAGCAUGGACGACCGAUGAGUCAGGCUUGUCAGUAUGUGCCGCUCGCUACUGCAUGAUCACCACUGCUCUUUGGAUGCUCCCGAAGAUGCUAGUCCUUUUUCUACCUGUUCUUCUGCUCCAAAUUCCGGGAGUCGCCUUGGUGAGAUGCUACGUGGCAUGUCUCAAGCCUGGAACCGAGUCCAUCGAACGCACUGCCAUGUUUUGGCUCUCCUUCGCGGUGGUGUUCUUCCUCUACCUUCCCGCUGGCAUCCUGGCUCUUGUGUCGCUGAUGUUGGACUACGUCUUCUAUUGGAUCUUCGGCAUCACCUUCUGCGUUUGCACCUGUCGCUACGGAGCGGUUUGGCGCAGCAUGAAGGCGAUUCAUCCUUACCGGAACGGCCCAUGGAUCAUCUUGCACCUCCCAGACGUUUACGUCUCGGUCAUCGGUCAGACCUGCCGUCAAGGAAUGCUCGAGGUCAUGUGGCUUCUUUCGAACAUGUGGCUCAUCAUGCCCUGGUACAAGUACUACAUGAACUGCAACCCGUGGUUGGAUGACUUAGACCAUCGCUUCGUGAAUCAGAUCAGCACAACAUGGGCAGACAUCAACGCAAGCGAUCCCACCCGCAGCUCCAAGAUCGGCAGGGAGAUCAUCUCAAGGGCUAAGCACUUCCCGGGCCGUGCUCAGAAGGUAGAUCUGUGGCACUUCGUGCCGCACUACCCGUACCCACCGCCUGGGCGGCGCUAUGCCAUGGGUAUGCAACAGGGAGGAAGUGGCAUGAAGAGCUGCAUGUUGAUGGUGCACACCACGCAUGCAAACCGUGCAGAUGGCAAUUGCACGGAGCAGCAUGUGGCAUCGAAUUGUUGCAAAGUGCCCGUCUAUCGCGUCAUGCUGUGGUACAACAAUCCGUACCACCAUUUCACUGGUUGGGUGGAGGCUCAUCCAUCUACGGGUGAACCAUCGCAAUUGGACAAGGCCGAUGGCGGAGAGCAUCCCAUGUGGCUAGUGGGGUCCAAAUCCCCCUUGACCUCGAAGCGCACCAGCAUGACUGGGCCAGGGUCCAUUGACAAGUUUUUCGAUGAAUGGAUCCCGGUCUUCGCACAUGAAGUUCGCUACUCGCACCAUCGCAUGGAAGGGAAGAGCCAUGAAGAGGCCUUGAAGAUUGCCAAUGAAAAGUACCAGGAGGUGGCUUCAGCUGAUGGUAUUUCUAGGCCCCUCAAAAAAAAAGGCUUGGACAAGUACAAAGAAUCGUCCAUGCAUGACUACGGCCUUGUAUGA